UCCUGGUCCUGGUCCUGACGACCCCCAGUCCCAAAAGCAGUCCAGACCCCAGACCCUGCCGCCUGAUCCGACUACGAUCGAGACCCCGCCCGUCCCCGCCGCUGCCACGGCACCGGCUGAGUCGAACCCCUACGUCGCUCGCUCCCCCGCGGCGAACUCCUCCUCCUCCUCCUCGAAAAGUACGACGGAGACGGUGAAGAACGUGCUUAAGAGAUGGGGGAAGAAGGUCGGGGAGUCGGCGAAGAAAGCUGAGGAUUUCUCCAGAAAUACAUGGCAGCACCUGAACACUGGACCCAGUUUUGUUGAAGCUACCAUGGGAAGGAUUGCUCAGGGUACCAAAGUGAUUGCAGAAGGUGGUUAUGAUAAGAUAUUUCGACAAACUUUUGACACACUUCCUGAAGAGCAACUUAAGAAAUCCUAUGCGUGCUAUCUGUCAACAUCUGCUGGUCCUGUUAUGGGAGUUCUUUAUCUCUCCACAGCAAAACUUGCAUUUUGCAGUGACAAUCCUCUUUCCUACAAAGUCGGGGAUCAGACUGAAUGGAGUUAUUAUAAGGUUGUUAUUCCUUUGAAUCAGCUCAAAGCAGCUAAUCCUUCGGUCAGCAAAAUGAAAUCUGCAGAAAAAUAUAUUCAGGUUGUUUCCAUAGACAACCAUGAGUUUUGGUUCAUGGGAUUUGUGAGCUAUGAUGCCGCUAUCAAGAAUCUACAGGAAGCUUUUCGUGAUGCACAGGAGUCUCAACCAUAAUAAUGGUGGCUUCAAGCUUGAGGCCAUUUAAAAGCUUUACGAGGGACAGCUUGGCGUUCCGAGGACACUUGCCAGAUGAUCUGGAAUGUUUGGUCUCCAUCUAUCCAAUAUCUUGGGGAACAACAGUAUAAUUCUUUUAAUUUCAGAUGAUUUAAGUUGCCUUUAUGGGUGUGUGUUUGUCACUUGGCGUAAGUUCUUGUGUUCAUGAACUGCCCAUGUUUAGUUUUUGCAUGGAUUUGGUUAAAUUAUCACAGUUUUAGUAAAGCUCUAUAAGUUGUGUCAUUAUCAGAUGACCUUAUAAGUUUCAUUGUAUCAUAUGACAGAAGAGCUAUUAAACUGCCCAUGUCCUCUGGAAGGUCAGUGCCAGGGCCCAAGAACUCGUUCUGGUGAUGAUGUAUUAUCAUGAACUGGGUGCGGGUAUAUUUCUGGACUGGUGAAAUUAUAUUUGCACUUUAAAUUGG